UAGAAAAUGGUGCAAUCACUCUUUUUUUGUCAGCUACAAAACUUUGACGUCAAUAACAGAUUAAUAAAUUACAUAAUCUGAAAUAAGUGUUGUCAAAUGAAAUGAAGGGACGCUGAAUAGGAAAAGGGAAUUAUUUUUUUAAAAGCAGGUCAGUGAAACUUUAAUGAGGAGCAGAGAGCCAAGCUGAGUGAAACUUCAUUCAGGAGUUAUACACUGAAGAAUCCUGUGCUUGCACACAGACACACACACACAGACACACACACACAAAUGAAUGUGAAUCUACACAAAACACAUACACAUGUAAUGUGCACAGCUACAUGUAGUUAGACACAAAAAUCACAAAAAUACACGCACAUGCAUUUACAAAUAUGCACACGCAAACUUGCUUCCACAAAGAAACACACACCAUCACAAAUAAAGGGUGACACACAUCCAAAACUACAUCAAAAGAAAUGUGCAUGCAACACGGAACUGCACACGCACAUGUAAAUGUACACACACCUACACACAGUUCUGCAUUCAUUCAUACACAUAGAACUAUGCAGGCACACAGAUAAACAUAUAAAGCAUGCUACACAUGCACAAAACUAUAUAUGUGCAUCCAGAGACACACACUCACAUACAAUUAUAUAGGCACAUAUGCUAAGGCAUAGACACACAUGUACCGAACACCAACCCCCCAUUUCCUGUGGGGAAGUGUUACCUCGCAAGAGGAUGGAAGGGAGGGAGGAGGGUGAAGGGGGAAAGGGAUUCAAAUUUCAGGCCAGCCCUCACCCUCAUAGCUCCCUCCCCCCGACCAUUUGAAGAAAGGGAAGGAGCGGCCACAGAGGAAAUGGAAGAGACGAAAAAAGACAGGCUGCAGAUUUUCAAAAACCCGCAGGCUGGAAGUACGCCUCUCUCUUUGCUCUCUUCCGUCUCGCGAUCUUCCUUUGCCUUUUCCUCCCACCUCGCUCGAGGCCCAGCUCGACGCUCUCGCGAACCCUUCCCGACCCCAUCCCUGCCUUGAGAGAGGAAGACGGGAAGAGGAGCGCCGGUCCGCCACAUCGGGGAGAUGCCCCCUCAGCCGCAGGCGAGGAAGAACUUCCUGGAGUUCUUGAGGAGCCCCUAUGGGGUCCUGAGGGUGCUGCAGAUAGUGCUGGGAGCCGGGCUGUGGGUCACCAUCGCCGCCAACAAAUACGAGGGCUCCAUCCACUUCGUCCUGUUCGUGGCCGUGCUCUUCUGGCUGCUCACCCUGGCCCUCUUCUUCCUCACCCUGCUGGACAAGCAGGACCUUGUACCCAUCGUGGGCGGGGAGCGCUGGUUACUCAGCAACCUGGUUCACGACCUGGCAGCCACCGCUCUCUACCUCCCGGCCAUCGGGAUCAUGAUCUACAAGACGGAGAAGAACGAGUACUGCAACCUGGAGCACUACAAGCACUACUGUCUGUACAAAGUAUACCUCGUCGCCUCGGUCUUCGCCUGCCUCACCGCGGCCGCCUAUCUGGUCUCCGCCAUUUACGGCUCCUGCAGGAAGUGCAGGGGUCAGCAGACGCUCGUUUGAUGUUCUCUAAUCGGGAACAGGAGGACACGGGGGGGGGGGGGGGAGAAUGGUUUGGCUUGCUUGGCUUUUGCACUCUCAGGAGGAGAAAAAAAAACAAAAAACCUAUCCAAGCUAAGAGAAGGAGGUUACUUAUCUGCUCAGGCAGGGAAAAGUUGAAUUUUUGGAACCAAAAAAAAGGUGUGUCUUCUGCUGUGGUUUGUCACUGCCUCUGACCAGAAAGGUUUGUUCGAUAUUUGUUUCAAUAAAUUAAUGCUAUCGUUUUAGUUACUGUAAAUGUGUACAUACAAAUGUUAUUUGUAUGUGUUUUUUAUAGAUCUUUUCUGAUGUUUAGGAAAAGCUGUAGCGCUGCAAAAGUGUGAAUAGUUUUGGUGAAAUGCUAGUAAUUAGUUGUGAUUACACUCUGUGAAAAUGUUUGUGGCUGUGCUUGCUUCCAUUUUUGACGCAAACAUUACAUGGAAAAGAAAAUGGACUGUCUGCCAAAACCAGGGGUGACAAUUACCAGUUUGCCUGAUCUCACACAACCAUGGACUUUAUUUUAGUGCCUUUGUAGUGCUCUCCAACAUGCUGCUGGAGAGAAAGGGGGUAAUAUUAACACUGUAAGAUUUAAAGUGGAACAACAUGAACACAAUGAAAUGUGUGAUGAAUAGUAGACACUGUCAUUCGUUUUUCAGUGUCUCUGUUUUCGCGUGAUCCUUUUUCAUCAGAUGUAAAAUCGAAAACAGAGUGUAGAAUAAACACAAACUCUCUGAACUUAAGAAAUGAGAUGAGCCAA